ACGAGCGCCGUCUAUAGCGCGUUUUCUGUGCCGAGUUUUUUUUUUUCGUUUCGAAUAAAUUCGUAAAUUGAUUUCAAUUGAGAAAAUGAAUUGAAUUUUCGUUUUACUUUGAAAUUAAUUUUACAUUUUAGAAUCAAUCCAUUUUCGACAUACUUCAAGUAUGGCAGUGUGCAAUUUGAAAGAAAAACACGCAAUUCUAUGCAAUUUCAAAUCGUUGUUGUAUAACGGCUUGACAUACGUUUAGUAUAGACUCCUGUCGUUGUUUUAUUCAAUAAGUUUGACAAUUCGGUGGUUCUUCCAUGUUUUCUAAAUGAAUUAAAUGCAAAUCGUACAUUCGCAAUUUGUGUUUUUGUUGAUAUAAAAUAAGAAAUAGUAUUCAAAGCGAUUCAUAGUCGAAUCAAAGUGAGAAUGGGUCGUGGAACCAGAUUAGACCGUUCAAGGAGCCGAUCACGGUCGGAAAGUGUUGAACGAACUAGCAGCAGUCGGCGUAAACAAACGGAUAAAUAUCGUGAUAAAGGACGAUCUGAUCACCGAUCAGGAAGUAGUAAACAGCGUUCACGGUCCAGAGAUCGUGUGCGUCGAGAUGAUCGCGAAAAGUCAACACAUCGCGACCGAUCACAUCGGGAGAGUUCCAGUGAAAUUGAAACACUAGAUUUAACGGGUUGCGUUGACAAAGAGGAAGAACAGAAGCGACUCGAACAAGAGAUGAUUAAGCGACGGGAUCGGAUUGAACGAUGGCGUGCCGAACGGAAGCGCAAGGAACUGGAAAGCAAAAAAGUGACCAUUUUACCAGCACCGAGUGUGAAAAAAUGGAGUUUGGAAAAUGAAUCAGACGAUGAUGAUGAUGUAAAAGAAGUUCCAAUCACCAAAGAGAUUGCCAUCGUAAACGAACCACCACCACCGCCACCACCUGUCAGCAGCAUCGUUGUACCCGAUCCACCGAAACCCAUCGUAAUCAAAAGCAAUCCAAACGUGAAAGAACAAGCAAUGGAAGUUGACGCUGACGAAGACGAUGACAUCGAUCCGUUGGACGCGUAUAUGUUGGAAGUGCACAAAGAAGUGCGCAAAGUGAAUCAAAUCACGAAGCCAGCCAAAGCGGCCGGUGGUGUGACGGUGAUGAGUGGUGUGGCGAAAAAGAAUAAAGAGCUAAACAAAGGCGAAAUGAUGGAACAAAAUCAAGACGGUUUAGAAUAUUCGUCCGAAGAAGAAGUUGAAGAUAUCAAAGACACGGCCGCAAAUUUGGCAAAUAAACAUAAGAAGGAACUAGCGAAAAUUGAUCACUCCGGCGUGAAUUAUUUGCCAUUCCGUAAGAAUUUUUAUGUUGAAGUACCUGAACUAGCCAAAAUGUCCACAACCGACGUCGAUGCAUACAAAGUGGAGCUGGAGGGGAUUCAAGUGAAGGGAAAAGGUUGCCCGAAACCAAUCAAAACUUGGGCCCAUUGUGGCGUUUCAAAGAAGGAAAUGGAUGUGCUGAAACGACUUGGAUUCGAUAAACCGACACCAAUUCAGUGCCAAGCCAUUCCAGCUGUAAUGAGUGGCCGUGAUUUGAUUGGUAUUGCUAAGACCGGCAGUGGCAAAACGAUCGCUUUCAUUUUGCCAAUGUUUCGGCACAUUUUGGAUCAAGCGCCAUUGGAAGAUGGUGAUGGUCCGAUCGCAAUUAUUAUGACGCCAACACGAGAGCUGUGCAUGCAAAUCGGCAAAGAUAUCAAAAAAUUCUCCAAAUCGCUAAAUUUGCGUGCGGUUUGCGUUUAUGGCGGCACUGGUAUUUCCGAACAAAUCGCUGAAUUGAAACGUGGAGCCGAAGUUAUCGUUUGUACACCAGGUCGAAUGAUUGACAUGCUUGCAGCAAAUUCGGGCCGAGUGACGAACCUCAGACGAGUAACGUACAUUGUGCUAGACGAAGCAGAUCGCAUGUUUGAUAUGGGUUUCGAGCCACAGGUAAUGCGUAUCAUUGACAAUAUCCGACCGGAUAGACAGACUGUAAUGUUUAGUGCAACUUUUCCCAGGCAAAUGGAAGCACUUGCUCGUCGAAUUUUGAAGAAACCAAUCGAAGUGCAAGUCGGCGGUCGAUCAGUUGUAUGUAAAGAGGUGGAACAGAAUGUUGCCGUUCUGGACGAAGAAGCGAAAUUCUUCAAAUUACUCGAGUUGCUUGGCCACUAUCAAGAGCACGGUAGUAUCAUUGUGUUUGUUGAUAAGCAGGAAAAUGCCGACAUUCUACUCAAAGAUCUAAUGAAGGCAUCGUACAAUUGCAUGAGUUUACAUGGCGGUAUUGAUCAGUUUGAUCGCGAUUCCACCAUUUUGGACUUUAAAUCGGGCCGAGUAAAGUUGUUGAUUGCAACAUCGGUGGCGGCACGUGGUUUGGAUGUGAAACAAUUGAUUUUGGUUGUGAAUUACGAUUGUCCAAAUCAUUACGAAGAUUAUGUGCAUCGAUGCGGUCGAACGGGGCGAGCUGGAAACAAGGGUUCGGCAUGGACAUUUUUGACUCCAGAUCAAGGGCGUUAUGCUGGUGAGAUUAUACGUGCAUUGGAGUUGUCGGGCACAGCAGUUCCGACGGACUUGCGUCAGCUGUGGGAUGAGUAUAAAGCAUCACAAGAGGCCGAAGGUAAAAAAGUCCAUACUGGCGGUGGUUUCAGUGGCAAAGGAUUCAAGUUUGACGAACAAGAAGCCAAUGCGGUCAAAGAGAGUAAGAAAAUGCAAAAAGCCGCACUCGGUAUACAAGAUUCAGAUGAAGAGGACGAAGAUGAGAAUGACAUAGAUCAACACAUUGAGCAUAUGUUUGCAGCCAAGAGAAAUGUCAAGGAAAUCGAGGCACCGUUGAUUGUGAGCGGUGCCACAGCUGCAACCACAAAUGCCCCAGCAACUGUGAAACCAACUGUCACCACGACAACUGCUCAACAGACACAGAAAUUGGAAUUGGCCAAGCGGUUAGCAUCACGUAUAAAUAUAUCCAAGAAUCUUGGCUCAGAAGCUAAGGAUGCAACACAACAAGCGGCCGAAGCUAUUCUUAAGGGUGGUCCAACACAAUCUUUGAUCACGGCAAAAACCGUUGCUGAGCAAUUAGCUGCAAAACUAAACAACAAAUUGAACUAUCAACCGAAAGAAGAGGAUGAUGUCAGUCUGAUAGCGGCCGGCGCCGAAAACACAUUUAAGAAAUAUGAAGAAGAAUUGGAAAUCAAUGAUUUCCCGCAACAAGCCAGAUGGAAGGUUACAUCCAAGGAGGCUUUAGCACAAAUAUCGGAAUACUCGGAGGCUGGAUUGACGGUGCGUGGUACAUAUGUUCCAACCGGUAAAACCGUGCCAGAAGGCGAACGCAAACUUUACUUGGCAAUUGAAAGUUGCAGCGAGAUGUCGGUACAGAAAGCAAAACGUGAGAUAACGCGAUUGAUCAAGGAAGAGCUGCUAAAAUUGAGCCAUGUGCAUCCCGUGUUCAACAAGGGCCGUUACAAAGUUUUGUAAACGAAUGUUACCAUAUUCCGUCGUUGUAUCAUGUGAACAUUUCUCAAUUGUGGCAACUAAAUUUAGGGUUUUAACAGACGUUUUAAACUUGGGACAAUUUAUUUUUUCUAAACUCAAACGUCAAUCUCGGAGCGGGAAAUAAAUAGUCACAAUUUUUAUUAUAAGCCAAUUUUCACAGAGUAAAGAGAUAAAUAAUAAACUGAACUGGAAAUGUCUUCAGCUUUCAUUUUAAGUGAAUAAAAUAAA